AAAGCUGGUGGUUACUGGCAACCCCAUCUGAUGAGAGGCUCCCUGAUGCCGAGUCACCACGGCUCCUGCUGCCGGGACACGCCCCAGAGACCCGGCCAUGGCCUCGGCGCCGGCGCCCGUCCCUUUCAGGGAGUUCUGCCCGCUGUACUCUCUCCUCGGCGCCAUCCCCACCAAGAUCCAGAGGGGCUUCCGCUCCAUCGCCGUCUACCUCACGGCCCUGGACGCCAGCGGGGACUACAUCGCCGUGGGCAGCAGCAUCGGCAUGCUCUACCUGUACUGCCGGCACCUCGGCCGCAUGCGGAAGUACAGCUUCGAGGGCAAGACGGAACCCGUCACGGUGGUGAAGCUGCUGAGCUGCUUUGACGACCUGGUGGCCGCGGGCACGGCCUCCGGGAGGGUCGCCGUCUUCCAGCUGGUGUCCUCCCUGCCCGGCCGGAACAAGCAGCUUCGGAGAUUCGACGUCUCUGGAAUUCACAAACACAGCAUCACAGCCCUGGCUUGGAGCCCCAACGGGAUGAAAUUGUUCUCCGGAGAUGACAGAGGAAAGAUUGUCUACUCUUCUCUGGAUCUGGACCAGGUAACGCCCUUUCUGGAAACAGUGUUCGCCGCGUUACUUCUGGAGAAAUUACAUUCAUACCUACCCCUCACUAGGCCCCGCCGAGACGGCCUUGCAGUUACUGGCAGGAGGCGACAUCUGUGCUCCGCUAGUGGAUCCUUUAUUUUCUUUCUAUUUUUCUCUCCUGAUUUCAGCACUGGAAAAUUUGGGGCUUGUUUCAUACCAGGACUCUGCAAGCAGAGUGACCUGACCCUGUAUGCGUCGCGGCCCGGGCUCCGGCUGUGGAAGGCCGACGUCCACGGCACUGUUCAGGCCACCUUCGUCUUAAAAGACGUCUUUGCGGGAGGAGUCACGCCCUUUGAACUGUACCCCCGCCUGGAGCCCGCCGACGAGGGCGGCUGCAGCCGGCCCGAAAGGCGCCUGGGGCUUGUCUCCUGCUUCUCGCGAGAAGGCUGGGUGCUGAGCUGGAACGAAUACAGCAUCUUCCUGCUCGACACCGUCCACCAGGCCACGAUUGCUGGUUUGGAAGGAUCGGGGGAUAUCGUGUCUGUUUCCUGCACAGAAAAUGAAAUCUUUUUCUUGAAGGGAGACAGGAACAUUAUCAGGAUCUCGAGCAGGCCUGAAGGGCCGGCGCCAGCAGGUCUGUAUCUGCCGAGACCCCUGCGGGGUCUGGCCGGGUGCUGUCGCACUAAGGAAAGACGGCGACUCUUGGGCGCCCCGACGAUGGGCGCUGCACGGGCCUCCACGCUCGAGCGGCUUCCGGGUGGUUUUGCGGACGGGGAGGCGCGCGUGACCUCCCCGGGUGCGGGGUGCCGGGAAGCGCCUCAGGCCGGUCGGCCACCGCCCGCCGGGCGCGUCCGCAGGCCUCUGGCCACGGUCGCGGCGCUGUUGAGGGACGUGGCUUCCGGUCAGCGGCCUUGUGUUCUCCCGCGUUUAAAGCCGCCUGUGUCCGACGCGGGCUUCCUCCUCCUCGAAGCUCUGUCGGUGGCGAGCCUCGCGCCGUCCCCGCGGCGGCGUCCUCACUGUCGCUGUUCUCGCUUGAAAGUAGAAGGCGCGAGCGGGAGCACCUGCCACGGCCCCCUCGAGUCGACGCCCUGCUGCGAGCUCCCUGGAGACAGCCCCCGCGCCCCGAGUGCAGACCUGCAGCCCCCGGCCCCCGGCCCGGGCACGGACUCGCCCGGCCAGGAGCGCCGCCCACGUGGGGAGCGGAGCGUCCUGCAGGAGGGCCUCGGCCCCGCAGCACCCUGUGCCCCGGAGGCGCCAGAGCCCGCCCCGCGCUCAGCGCGCCGAGACAGUUGUGAUGGCACUGAAGCUCCACCCUGGAGCCCCGCGGGCCGCGAGGUGGGCACGCCCGGGGUGCCGAGGUCAGCCUUACCCCCGAGGGAGGACGAGGGCGGCCCCGAGGCCACAGAACUCGAAGAGGAGCCGAGUCCAGGGGACCACGAGCCGAGUGAUAGGCGGUCACCUUGCCAAGACCCGGGCAGCUGGACGGAGGCCCGGGAGGCGGGAUGUGGGGACCUUAGUGACGCCCGAGGCGCCUGUUCAGAAGUGCCCCUCCUAGGCACACCCCAGGACAGCCCAGUGUCGGCCAGCCUCUGCCUGCCCCACAGCACGGAGCCGUGGCUGCUGGAGGCUGCAGCUGACACACCCCAGGACAGCCCAGUGUCCGCCAGCCUCUGCCUGCCCCACAGCACGGAGCCAUGGCUGCUGGAGGCUGCAGCUGACCCGGGGAGCACAGAGGAGCCCUGCGGAGGACAGGGCUUCUGGACCGAGCCUGGGGCCUCCGGCACGGACGGCGGCACAGGCCAGAAGGCCGUGGCCGCUCCUGAGUGGCACAUGGGGAAGGAGGAGGGACUGCCGCCUCCCCCAGUCUCCGCCUUGGCCGCCAGCACCCACAAGCCUUGCCUGGAGCAGCCUUCACUGGACCCGGUGUCUACAUCGAGCGACGAGGAAGACAUUUACGCCCAUGGGCUUCCCUCUUCGUCCUCGGAGACGAGCGUGACAGAGCUGGGCGGUGGUCACUCCCUGCAGGACGUGAGCCAGCCCGGCCCGGGGGCCGCUGGGCCACUCGAGUCAGGCCAGUUUGCAGAGAGCUGGAUGGGCUACGCGGGCCCCGGCUACGGCAUCCUCAGCCUGGCGGUCUCCGAGAAGUACGUGUGGUGCCUGGACUACAAAGGCGGCCUGUUCUGCAGCGCACUGCCAGGCGCCGGGCUGUGCUGGCAGAAGUUUGCGGACGGCGCCCAGCAGGUGGCAGUCUCGCCCUCAGGGGCCCUGCUGUGGAAGAUCGAACAGAAGACUCACCGCGCCUUGGCGUGCGGCCGAGUCACCGGCAGGGGCAAGCGGCACUGGUACGAAGCGCUGCCCCGGGCCGUGUUCGUGGCCCUGAGCGACGACGCCGCCUGGGUCAUCCGGACCAACGGAGACCUGUACCUGCAGACAGGUCUCAGCGCGGAUCGCCCCUGCGCGCGCGCCGUGAAGGUCGACUGUCCGUACCCACUGGCCCAGGUCACAGCCCGCAACUGCGUGGUGUGGGCGCUGACGGAGCAGAGGGCCCUCCUGUACCGGGAGGGCGUGAGCAGCUUCUGUCCCGAAGGGGAGCAGUGGAAGUGUGACAUCGUCAGUGAAAGGCAGGCCUUGGAGCCCGUCUGCAUAACCCUCGGGGACCAGCAGACUCUCUGGGCCCUGGACGUGCAUGGGAACCUGUGGUUCAGGACGGGCGUCGUGGCCAAGAAGCCCCAAGGAGACGAUGGCCACUGGUGGCAGGUGAGCAUCACAGACUACGUAGUGUUCGACCAGGGCAGCCUCUUCCAGACCAUUAUCCACGCCACACACUCGGUGGCCACGGCGGCCCAGGUGCCCGUGGAGAAGGUGGCGGACAAGCUGCGCCUGGCGUUCUGGUCUCAGCAGCUCCAGUGCCAGCCGAGCCUCCUGGGUGUGAACCACAGUGGCGUCUGGCUCUCCUCCGGCAAGAAUGAAUUCCACGUCGCGAAGGGGAGCCUCCUGGGAGCCGUGAAGCUGACCAGCUUGGCGUGCGGACACCAGCACGUCUGGGCCUGCGAUUCUCGGGGUGGCGUCUACUUUCGUGUCGGGACGCAGCCUCUGAACCCCAGCCUGAUGCUCCCGGCCUGGAUCGCGAUCGAGCCGCCCACCCAGCCUGCCGGGGCCACCUUGGUCAGCGUCUACUCCAGCCCCAACGACCAGAUGCUGUGGGCGCUGGACAGCAGGUGGAGCGUGCACGUGCGCACAGGGGUCACAGAGGAGAUGCCCGUGGGCACCGCCUGGGAGCACGUGCCAGGGCUGCAGGCCUGCCAGCUGGCACUGAGCUCCAGAACCGUGUGGGCCCGCUGCCCCAACGGCGACCUCGCCCGCCGGUACGGCGUCACCGACAAGAACCCCGCCGGGGACUACUGGAAGAAGGUCCCGGGGAACGUGACGUGUUUCUCAGUGACCGCGGCGGACGAGCUGUGGGCAGUGGGCCCCCCCGGCUACCUCCUCCAGCGGCUGACGAGGACCUUCAGCCACUCUCGCCGCACCCCAGGCGGCCACGCCGCCGCCGCCCUGCACCCUGAGCAGCUGGAGGACGAGUGGGAAGUCAUCUGACCAGGAGGGCAGGGCCGAGAUGGGUGGACGCGGGGCCCUGGCACCCACACCUGGACAUGUCUCGCCAGCUCCGGGCUAGACUCACUGAUGGGCGCGGCGCCCACCUCCCGCCAGGCCCCCGCAGCCUGGCCACGGUGUGUGGCCCCCGCCCCCGCCCGAGGCGCCCCACUGCAUGCUCUGCCGUCGUGUCCACAGCGCGUCCUGCCCGCUGCUGGGGCCACACGGGCGCGGGGCCUCCACAGUGGACAAGCCAGCACCGAGCCAGCCAGAGCUGAAGGUCAGUGUCCAGCGCCCGAGUGCCCUGCGGGGGCUGCUCUGUCACAGGCCCCCCGCCCCUCUGAGAUGCAGGUUCCAGCACAUUCCAGGCCAGGCUUCCCCGGGGGGCCCAGGCGUGUUUGAGGUUGGGGGGAGGGUGCUGGGCGCUGCCAGGCGGCGCAGAUUGGCACACACCUCCACAGCCAAACACAGGCCGGCGGCCGAAGGGGCCGGAGGCCGGGGCUGGCGGACGGGCCAUGCCGGCCAGCCGAGAAGUGUCUUUGGCUGUUCCUGCUGCUGGCGGACGUGGUCAAGGCCAGAAGCGCCCUCGCAGGUCGCGUCUAACGAUUGCCUUGUUUGUUGUAUUACAAACGUGCAUCCGAUACCUCACCUGAACUCAAGCCCUGCGGGCUUCGAGAUGUGUCUGUGAAGCCCUCGGAAGCCCUUUCUCCCUUCCGCGGUUCUCUGAGCCCCGCCUGUCCUUGGCCACAGCCCCAGGGAGUGGCACGUGUGUCCGCGUGGCAGGGCCGGCCCGCAGGCGGCUCAGUGCCAGCAGCGGGUGUCUGUGUCCACCAUCCCCGAGGCUGGAGCCCCUGUGGCCAGGCCUGGGCAGGCGGCCUCGUCCUCCCAGUGACCACUCCAAGGCAGGGCUUGUGCCUGCUGCCGUCCUAGCCCGAAUUGGCCGGGGCCUGUUCCUCCGUGCAGUGUCCAGGAGCCCCCGAGCGCAGGCAGAGUGUCGUCUGACCAGCCCCAGCCGUGAAGGUGGAGGCCCUCGGGGCUAGCUGAGGGUGAGGCCUGGGCCCUGCUCUCUGGGCACAAGCCCCCAUCUGGGGCAGGGGCCAGCAGCGGCCGCCUGGGCGGGGCUGCGACUCCCCUGGGCCCAGCCGGCCCGGGAGCCCAGCUGGCAUGCGACGCUCCGCCUCCCUCUGCUGGGCUCACUCGCCUCCUGGCUCUGUGCUGCUGUGCCCAGCCCGGGCGUAAACGCCCAGCCCGGUGGUCUGGCGUCUGCGCUGGGGGCACCUGCUGGACACGCGCGCUGGCCAUUGUAAGCCCCGCCCUCAGCCAGGAGAGGCGGGCAGCUGCAGUUCCCUGGCCGGUCUCGGUGUGGGCGCUUCGCAGGUCGCUGUCCAGGGGGCCGUGGCUCCCGAGGCCCACGGACCCCGAGUACCGGGGAGGACGCUCCUGAGGCCCAGCCACAGGCCACCUGCCUGCCCCCAGCGACAUGGGGGACCCUGCCCCGGCCAGAGGAGUGGCCGGGGCGAGGGGAGGGCAGGUCCAGCGGCCUGGUGUGCAGUGGGGGCCCGCAGCGGCGCCUUGUCGGAGCCCCGGGGGAGGAAGGCGCCACCCAGGCCAGGUGCUCUGCGCGCUUGGCCGCACGAGGCUGGCCCGCAGCUCCAGACCGGGGAGGGCGGUGCCAGGCAGGGGCGAGGCGACCGUCGGCUGCAGUGGAGGCCUCAGGACCGGGGGCUGUAGCCCCCCUCCCGGCAGCCGGUCUCACCUGAGGGAAGAGAGCUGGUCAGCUCGGAAGGUACGGCUGCGUCCAGCCAGAACCCCGCGUGGAGCCAAGAGGGUUACGUGACUGUGACGACUGAACUAAAACCGGACACGUGGGGAGGGACGGGAGAGUGGACGGAGGCACCGAGACCGUGUGGCACCGCCCUCCUCGGCCUUCCAGCCCAGGCGCCGGGGCCGGCCCUCAGGGACUGCCCUGAGGGGCCAGCGCAGCCCCAGAAUGGAAGCUCCCUCCCUGGGCAGCGCCGGCUGUGGGGGCCGCCGCAGGCUCGCCGGCGGGCAAAGGGGACGGUCUGGCAGACCCUCCGGGGCAUGUGUGACGUGUCCUGACUUGUAAGCCAUGUUCAAUGUAUAAUUUAUUCCAAAAAUAAAUAAGAUUCACAUUUAAAAAGCCCAGCCCCGACGUUCCCUGUGUGUCCCCAGCGGCCGCCGAGCACCAGCCAGGCCUCCCUCAGGGCCGGCAAGGCCUUCACCGAGCCUCUUCCAGCCAGGCCCGCGGGCGCGGUCACGUCCAGCUCUGCGGCGCUGGCCUGGUCGUGGGGGCGGGGGCGUCUCCCCAGGAGCGUCACAUGCCGUGUGUAUCCCACCAGCAGACUUUUUUCAGAGCAGGCUGCCCCUCAGGCUGGGCAGUGGCCAUUCCCUGUGGACACUCGUCCUCCGCCUGCUCCCAUGUGCCUCGCUGCAGCAGCUCUGGGGACUGGCUUCCCUCACUGACUCCAGAAGCAUCCUGUCUGAGCAGGACUUGGGGUACCCAGGAAACUGAAGAAGCUGGGGGGGGGAGAAGCCCGCAGAGCACAGGCGGGCGCCAGUGCAGGAGCCGAGGCCACGGAGGGUCGGAAACCUUCUCCACCCUGGGCCUGGGCCGCCAGAAGGGGCUGUGCUGCUUCCUUGGUGGCCAGUGAAGAGCACGAGCAGCCCCGUCACCCAGAGAAAAGCGGCCUCACUCCAGGCAGAGCCACUGGGGCCCUGGACAGCCCGGGAUGAGUGGGCACCUGCUGGGGACACAGCGGGCCUGGCGGCUCCUGGCCUGCCAGUCCGAUAGGCGUGUCACCAAGGUGCCAAGUGGCAUGGCCCUUCCUUCCUCAGGGGCCCAGGGGACGCCACAAGCCGAGGCCGGCACCUCCCCACCAGUGGCUGCCCCCAGAUAGCCCAGGAACCCUGUUAAUCAGCCCGCACCAGGGCCUGGGGGGCUGGGCUGUCUUCCCCAGUGGGUGCGGACUCUAGGCUGGCCACAGCCUCCUCAGGGAACGGCCUGCGGAAGGGCAGCUGAGGCACUGGCUGUCCACUUGGUCCGGGCGGCCGCAAGAGUGGGUCACCACCUCCUCAGGGCAGGGAGGGAGUCCACAUGGCCCCACCCCCAGGAGUUGGUGGGGACACUGAAGCCAGGCCAGUCUGUCCAAGGUCACUGAGCUGGUACAGGUGCCAGUCAGGACCCCCUGCCAGACCCUGCUGCCCGGACACCCAGGGAUUCGAGGGGCAGGGUGAAGAGCAGGAGCUCCUGGCCAGGCCGGUCACUCUGCCCCGCAAACCCUCAGCUCUGCCCUCUGCAGCACAUUCUGGGCUUUAGGGUCCACCAGCCCCGGGCAGUGGCCUGGCCAUGCUCCCCUGUAUUAAGGCGCCUCAGGGCACCGACCCAGCUUUCCAGCCAGGGUCCCCCUAGGUAGGGAACCCCACCGGCAGUACCUCCCGCAAGCCCGGCUUUGGCCCCAGGGGACACCCGGGAGCCUGGCCCUGGCUGAGGGCCCUCCCACCCCAACUAGGGAAGCUGGGGACAGGGCUGAGGGGCAGCCAGGACCAGGGCCAUGGAGGAGUGCAAAUGAGGCGCUAGGGUCAAGUGGGAGCCCAGUUUGGGGUGGGCGGCCGCCUGCGCUUCACGCCACCAAGGCCACUGGUCCAGAUGGGAGGCCGGCUGCCCCCUAGCGGGCGACCUGCGAGUAGGGCAGGCGCGAGCCUCACCCGGUUGCUCCUGGCCAGGGUGCUGCCGCCCGUCGACGCGGCCAGUCGACCCGCCCCGCAGCGGUGACGCAGGAGGCAACAGAAGAGGCGGAGGCAGCCGUGCAGAGAUCUCUCUAUGUCAGGCGCCGGGCACCAGGCCCCCGAACACAGCUUCCCCACGCGGCGGCGCCAGGGCACCCGGGGGCUAGCCCUGGCCCGAGAGGUCCAGCGGCUGCAGGAAGGGCGGCAGCGGCAGCUCGUCCAGGGCCUCGGGGAAGCGGCCAGGCGAGAUGGCGGUGACCAGCACCUGCAU